UUUUAUGUAGUCUUUAUGAUAUUAGGUUUCUGUAAAACUUGGUAACAUUCAUUUACAUUUCUAAAAACUUGUUAUCAAAUAGUUGCUUUGAUAAUUUUAUUACGCUGUUUCAUUCUUCGAUAUACGUAACUACUAGUCGUUUAACUCGCUCAGUGCCGCACGUCUCGCAAUCGUUCGCGUGAGAUUUUCAUUUGAAAACAAUAAAAGUAUAAAUAAUAAACCGGACUUUCUAGUGUACUUUCGUGCGAAUAGGAAGAAAAUUUAAAUCAAAUAAAGUGAUUGCUGAGUUAUAAUGACGUUAGGUACGAUAACCAACACUAAGCCAAAACCAGUGAAUAUUAGCGAGGCGGUAGAAAAAGCGCGGGACGCUUUCAACCGUGGAGUUACGAAAUCACUAGAAUGGAGAAGGAAACAAUUGAAUGCGUUAGCCAGGAUGUACAAGGAGAACUACAACGCGAUGGUGGAUGCGCUACAGAAGGACCUCAGGAGGAGCAAAACGGAAGCCGUGCUGCUUGAAGUCGAAUACCUCAUCAAUGACUUGAACAAUACGCUGUAUUAUCUGGACGAGUGGGCAAAACCGGAAAGACCAUCGAAAACGUUUGUCAACAUACUCGACGACGUGGUGAUAUACAAUGACCCAUACGGCCUGGUGCUCAUCAUCGGUGCGUGGAACUACCCCCUGCAACUGCUGUUGCUCCCGAUGGCUGGAGCCAUAGCCGCCGGCAAUGCUGUCAUUGUGAAGCCCAGUGAACUCGCCGUGGCCUCAGCUAGAUUCGUGGCCGAAACACUGCCCAAAUAUUUGGACAGCGACGCUAUCAUAACAAUAGAAGGAGGGCCUGAGGAGACCACGGAACUCCUGAAGCACAGGUUCGACUACAUCUUCUAUACGGGAGGCACGAAUGUGGGCAGGAUUGUAUACAGUGCCGCUACUAAGAACCUCACACCCGUCACACUAGAGCUGGGAGGCAAGAGCCCCACGUACAUAGACAAUACAGUGGACAUGGAAGUCACGACCAAAAGGAUACUGUGGGGAAAAUUCAUCAACGUCGGCCAGACUUGCAUCGCGCCGGAUUAUAUACUCUGCACCAAAGAGAUACAGGACAAAUUCGUAGAGCACGCCAAGAAAAUACUGAAGGAAUGGUACGGCGAAGACCCGCAGAAGUCGCCCGAUCUAUGCCGCAUCAUCAAUGACAGGCAUUUUAGUCGUAUCCAAUCAUUACUGGACGCCAGUAAAGAUAAAAUAGCAAUAGGCGGUAAGAGUGACCCGCAAGAAAGAUACGUAUCGCCAACAAUACUCACUAAUGUCUCCGCCAACGAUAAAAUCAUGGAGGACGAAAUAUUUGGUCCGAUUCUUCCAAUCGUGCCGAUUGAGAACGCCUACGAGGCGAUCAAAUUCAUAAACGCUAGGGAGCAUCCAUUAGUUUUAUACCUGUUCAGCAAGCAAAAGAACAUCCAUAAACUGUUUACGGAGCAGACCCGCUCGGGCAGUCUCUGUGUGAACGAUACGAUCAUGUUCUAUGGCGUUGACACGCUACCGUUCGGCGGCGUGGGUAACAGCGGUAUGGGCGCGUACCACGGGAAGGCGUCUUUCGAUACGUUUACGCACAAGAAGAGUUGUUUGGUGAAGGACUUUGCGGCUAUCGGGGAGAAACUGGCUUCUGGUCGCUACCCACCGUACACGGAUGGAAAACUUAAUUUCAUAUCGACAUUAAUGCGCAAGAGACACGGGCCAUCGCUAAAGUUCUUGCCUUAUUUGGUCAUGUUCGCGCUCGGAGCUGGAGUGGCGUACGGCAUCACUGCGUGGCAGAAGGCAGCUGCAGAAGAUGUGUGAUUUCACAAAUUCUACGUUAAUUAAAUAAUGUGAUAUGAAAUAUUUCAGACUUUAUCUUAAGGCACAAUAUUAUACUAAUGUUUGCAGCCGUCCAGAAAUAUUGUCGUCUAGGCUGACCUCACAUAGUUUGCAUUUAUAUGACACGUUUUAUUUACACUUUUUUUAUAUAAUAUAUAUACACACGUUAUUUUUAAAUACAGUAAGUGGUUUGGGGUGAUUGAAUUAUUUUAUUUUAGACUUGCCAUUUCACUCUGCUAAAAAUGUGAUAAAAAAAUUAACGAUUUUUUAAUGUUUUUAUUUGCUUGUAUUUAAUGUUACGAACUUUAUAAUGGCAGCUUUGUGUUAGAGAUUUGGUAAGAUUAUAAAUUAUAAACUAGAAUAUUAUUGAAAAAUUAUUCAAAUAUUAAAAGAUUAAAAAAAAUGAAAAUGCAAUAAUUAGCCUUUUAUCGACUUAGGGGACGUCCAUUAAUUAUGUGAGGAGGAUUUGAAAUUUUUCGACUUUAAAUAUCUAAUAUACUUAAAAUUUCAUAUGUGCGGAACCCUCCCCCCGCCCCUUUCUUAUCUCGUGAGAAUAAGUGCGAUUUAACUGUACCUCCUUCCCCCCUUAAACGCCUCACUUAAUUAAUGGACGUUUAUUUACAAUACAAAUCGAUUACAUUAUUUUAUCAUUUAAGGAGCUA